GGGAAAGUCAUUUCCUGCUCUGCCCCUUCACUGGGUUUUCCGCCUUCCUGGAGGACCCGUGACCCUCCUUGGGAUCUGGGAGAAGACUCGGCCAUUUGUCAGAAUCAUCGGCUUUUCCUUGUAAAUAAUCUUCCGGUCUCCGGCAUGGGAUUCUUCACCCACAGAACAAGGUGAAAAUUCUGGAGGACUAAGUAGCGCCCCCUAAAGGACAAUCUCUGACUUAAGAAAGAAAUUAGCAACAAAGUGAGAUGUUGGAGGCUGUUUUGGAGCCCAAACUGGAGGUGGAUGAGGCAGAUGCUGCUAGCCCCGAUGUCACCCAGAUGGGGAACACUGGUGAAUUUUGGAAGAGAACUGUGCAGAAAAUCCUAGGUGAGUUCACCUUCAGCUCAGACGUGCCGCGCCUGCACUUUAGGCACUUUCACUACCAGGAGGCGAGAGGGCCUCGAGAGAUUCGGAACCAACUCCACAAUCUUUGUCAUCAGUGGCUAAUGCCAGAGCGACACACAAAACACCAGAUCAUGGACCUUGUGAUCCUGGAGCAGUUUCUGACCAUCCUGCCCCCGGAGAUGGAGAGCUGGGUGAGGGAAUGUGGAGCAGAGACCAGUUCGCAGGCGGUGGCCCUGGCAGAAGGUUUCCUCCUGAGCCAGGCAGAGGCCAAGAAGCAGGAGGAGCAGCAGGAGCAGGUGCAGUUAGCAGAAGUAGCUGCUGAUUUCGCUGAGAGAGAGGAGACUCCAUCGGGCACCAGACAGAAACCGCUGUUCAGGUGGAUUGUGCAGGAGAGUGAUCAACAUGCUACCUGCCUGGGUGGUGGAAUGACAUUGGUGAUGGAUGGCAGUUCCUCUCUUCCUUGUGCUGGAGUGGAACCGGCUUCUGUACGACAUGAUCAGGGUCCAGUGUUCUUUGAAGAGGUGGCUGUGUAUUUUUCUCAGGAGGAAUGGGAUCUGUUGGAUCGAGACCAAAGAGCCUUGCACAGGGAAGUCAUGGAGGAGACCUAUAGGACUUUGGCCUCUCUAGGUGAUGGGUGGAAAACAGAGAAUGUGAGAGAACCGUGCAGAGUGGUGUUGGAAAAAGCUAGAUGCAAACUGGAAGGAGAGCCAAAAUGGGGAACAGAAGCAAAAGAGAAGAACCAGUCUUCUGCUCCUCAGCAUGAUGACUACCAAGAAAUCAGAGGCCAAAUAGACAAAGGAAAGGAAAGGAGUGAAUGCCCUGUGUGUGGGAAAAGCUUCAGUUGCAAAUCAAGCCUUAAAGCUCAUAGGAAAGUCCACACAGGGGAAAAGCCAUAUCAGUGUUUGGAGUGUGGAAAGAGCUUCAGUGUGAGAGCAAAUCUUACUCAGCAUCAAAGAAUUCACACAGGGGAGAAACCAUAUACAUGCAUGGAGUGUGGAAAGAGCUUCAGUGUGAGUUCCAAACUUACUCAACAUCAGAUAAUUCACACAGGGGAAAGACCAUAUACAUGCUUGGAGUGUGGAAAGAGUUUCAACCAGUUCACAGCCCUCACUUCACAUCAAAGAAUUCACACAGGGGAGAAACCAUAUAAAUGCUUGGAGUGUGGAAAGAGCUUCAGUUGGAGUGCAAACCUAACUCAACAUCAAAGAAUUCACACCAGGGAGAAACCAUAUAAAUGCUUGGAAUGUGGAAAGAGCUUUAGUGUGAGCACAGCCCUCAUUUCACAUCAAACAACUCACACUGGGGAGGAGCCGUAUACAUGCAUGGAGUGUGGGAAGAGCUUCAGUGAAUGCUCAGCUUUAACUCAACAUCAAAGAAUUCACACAGGGGAGAAGCCAUAUAAAUGCUUAGAGUGUGGGAAGAGCUUCAAUCGGAGUGCAAACUGUACUUCUCAUCAAAGAAUCCAUACAGGGGAAAAGCCAUAUAAAUGCUUGGAGUGUGGAAAGAGCUUCAUUAGGUGCACAAAUCUCAUUUCACAUCAAAGAACUCAUACAGGGGAGAAACCAUAUAAAUGCUUGGAAUGUGGAAAGAGUUUCAGUUGGAGUGGAGACCUUACUGCACAUCAAAGAAUUCAUAGAGGGGAAAAACCAUAUAAAUGCUUGGAGUGCGGAAAGAGUUUCAGGUGGAGUGCAAACCUGACUCAACAUCAAAGAAUUCACACAGGAGAGAAACCAUAUCAGUGCUUGGAGUGUGGAAAGAGCUUCAGUCGGAGUGCAAACCUUACUCAACAUGAAAGAAUUCACAGAGGAGAGAAACCAUUUAAAUGUUUAGAGUGUGGAAAGAGCUUCAGUCGGAGUGCAAACCUGAGUUCUCAUCAAAGAACGCAUACAGGGGAAAAACCAUAUACAUGCUUGGAAUGUGGAAAGAGCUUUAGCCAAGACUCAACUCUUAUUUCACAUAAAAGAUUCCACACUGGUGAGAAACCAUAUCAGUGCUUGAAAUGUGGAAAGAACUUCAGAGUGAGCACAAGCCUCACUUCACAUCAAAGAACGCACAUAGGGGAGAAGCCGCAUAAAUGCUUGGAGUGUGGAAAGAACUUCAGUCGGCGCUUACACCUCACUAAACAUCAACGAAUCCACACAGGGGAGAAACCAUAGGAAAUUUGCUCUUUGACCUCAGGGAGCAGUGUCAACUACCUACAGAGCCUCAAAUUGCUCUUUGGAAAAGCCCGCCAAAUGGAUUCCCACGCAGCAGAAUAUCGGGCGGUGCCACAUUCUGGAUCGUCUUCUGUUUGGAGUGGAGAGGCUUCUGUUGCAAUGCAGGCCGGCGCCGAGGCUCUGGUGUCCUUUGCGGAGGUGGCUGUAUAUUUCACCUGGAAGGAAUGGGCCCUCCUGGAUCCAGGCACAAAAGCUCUGUACCGGGAAGUCAUGCUGGAGAAUUAUGGGAUGGUGACUUCUUUGGAAGGGUUUGCAGCUCCCAAACCUGCCCUCAUCUCCUGGCUGGAAGAAAGAGGAGAAGAUCCAUCUCUCUGGAAAUCCAAAGGACUAGGAAGACCAGCACAGGACGGCUUAGAUAAUCGACAGAACAAGGAGAUUUACAGGAAGCCACGUGGAUGGUCACAUCCAACAAUUCACAAAGCAGAGAAACCAUAUAAAUGUUUAUACUGCGGAAAAAGCUUCAGUCAGAGAAGUGUCCUUAUUUCCCAUCAAGGAAUUCACACCGGAGAGAAACCAUGUAAAUGUAUGGAGUGUGGUAUGAGCUUCAGGUGGAGGACUAGCCUCACUUUACAUAAAAGAAGCCACACUGGAGAGAAACCAUACAAAUGUCUGGAGUGUGGAAAGAGCUUCAUUCAGAAUGAAAAUCUAAAACAACAUCAAAGAGUCCACACAGGAGAGAAACCAUAUCAUUGUCUGGAGUGUGGAAAGAGCUUCAAGCAGAGGAAGAACCUUGCUAUUCAUCGGAGGGCUCACACAGGAGAGAAACCAUACACAUGUUUGGAGUGUGGAAAGGGCUUCAGUCAGAAUGAAUAUCUUAAUAGACAUCAAAGAAUCCACAGUGGAGUGAAACCAUAUCAAUGCUUGAUUUGUGGAAAGGCCUUUUUUGAUAAAUCAACUCGUACAAAACAUGAAAAAACACACACAGGAGAGAAGCCAUAUAAAUGUUUGAAAUGUGGAAAGUGUUUCAGUCGAAGUCAUACAUUAACUUUACAUCAAAGAAUACACACCAUGGAGAACCCAUAUACAUGCUUGGAGUGUGGAAAGAGCUUCAGUCAGCAUUACAUGCUUGCUUCACAUAAAAAAACUCACACAGUGCAGCUCACUUUACAUCAAAGGAGCCACACUGGAGAGAAACCAUACAAAUGUUUGGAGUGUGGAAAGAGCUUCAGUCAAAGAGAUAAGCUUACUAGGCAUCAAAAAACUCACACCAUGGAGAAACCAUAUCUCUGCUUGGAGUGUGGGAAGAACUUCACCCUACGAACACAUCUUAUUGAACAUCAGAGAAUUCACACAGGAGAGAACCCAUAUACAUGCUUGGAGUGUGGAAAGAGCUUCAGUCGGAAUAGUACACUUACUUUACAUCAAAGAAUUCACACAGGAGAGAAACCAUAUACAUGUUUGGAGUGUGGAAAGGGCUUUGGACGGAGCGAUAAACUAGCUAGACAUAAAAUAACUCACACUAGGGGAAACCGAUAUACAUGCUUGGAGUGUGGAAAGAGUUUCAGUCGGAAUAGUACACUUACUUUACAUCAAAGAAUUCACACAGGAGAGAAACCAUAUACAUGCUUGGAGUGUGGAAAGGGCUUCAGUUGGAAUAGUACACUUGCUUCACAUCAAAGAAUUCACACAGGAGAGAAACCAUAUACAUGCUUGGAGUGUGGAAAGGGCUUCAGUUUGAAUAGUACACUUACUUUACAUCAAAGAAUUCACACAGGAGAGAAACCAUAUACAUGCUUGGAGUGUGGAAAGAGCUUCAGACGGAGCGAUAAACUAGCUAGACAUAAAAUAACUCACACUAGGGGAAACCCAUAUACAUGCUUAGAGUGUGGAAAAAACUUCAGUAGCAGAAAAAAACUUAUUGUACAUCAGAGAAUUCACGCAGGAGAGAAACCAUACAAAUGCUUGGAGUGUGGAAAGAGCUUCAGUCGGAACUCAUACCUUAAGAAACAUCAAAGAACUCACACAGGAGAGAAACCAUAUACAUGCUUGGAGUGUGGAAAGAGCUUCAGUCGGAGCGAUAUACUAGCGGGACAUAAAAUGACUCACACUACGGGGAGACCAUAUACGCUCAACUUUGGUCCCCCUGGAGAUGUUGGCCUACAACUUCCAUAAUCCCUGGCUAUUGGCCACUCUGGCUGGGGAUCAGUAUUCCCUCUAAUUUUGUUCAUCAGUAAGUGGAAUGAGCUUUGUUUGGGGUGACAUUAUCAAGGUAGUGUGCGCACAUGUGCAUCAUUAUGUACCACUAUAGAUACAACACACACACACACCAAAAAUAUGGAAGGAAAGAAGUGUACUUGACAAUUCUGUUUAUCUGUCUUCUGUUUUAAGAGCAGUUGUAUUUGCCAUUGGUGGUUAAAAGUGGCCUUUUAAAUUAAUAAUAUAAAAAUAAAACUUGUCUAAGUUUUGGUUGUUUAAA